GGGAAAUCAUCUCAGAGGAGCACGGAAUCGACAGCAAUGGUAUUUACAACGGCGACAGUGAUUUGCAAUUGGAGCGAGUCAGCGUUUACUACAACGAAGCUUCAGCUGUAACGCGUUCCUCCGGAGGAAAGUAUGUACCUCGUGCUAUCCUACUCGAUCUUGAGCCCGGUACCAUGGAGUCGGUGCGCUCUGGUCCCUAUGGACAACUUUUUCGACCUGAUAACUUUGUUUUCGGUCAAUCGGGAGCUGGCAAUAACUGGGCUAAGGGUCAUUACACCGAAGGUGCUGAAUUGGUGGAUAAUGUUUUGGAUGUGGUGCGUAAGGAGUGCGAGAACUGUGACUGCUUGCAGGGCUUUCAGUUGACACACUCAUUGGGCGGUGGCACGGGCUCUGGCAUGGGCACAUUACUUAUAUCGAAGAUACGCGAAGAAUAUCCUGAUCGUAUAAUGAACACCUACUCAGUGGUGCCUUCGCCAAAGGUAUCUGAUACCGUCGUCGAACCAUACAAUGCGACCCUGUCCAUCCAUCAAUUGGUGGAAAACACUGAUGAGACUUAUUGUAUUGACAACGAGGCGCUUUACGAUAUUUGUUUCCGCACUCUGAAGGUAUCCAACCCAAGUUACGGUGACCUCAACCACCUUGUAUCGCUUACAAUGUCUGGUGUGACCACCUGUCUGCGUUUCCCUGGUCAACUAAACGCAGAUCUACGUAAAUUAGCUGUCAACAUGGUGCCCUUCCCCCGACUACACUUCUUCAUGCCCGGCUUUGCGCCGCUAACAUCGCGUGGCUCUCAACAAUAUCGCGCUCUGACUGUGCCCGAAUUGACACAGCAAAUGUUUGACGCAAAGAAUAUGAUGGCUGCCUGCGAUCCCCGUCAUGGUCGUUAUUUGACCGUCGCUGCCGUUUUCCGUGGUCGCAUGUCAAUGAAGGAGGUGGACGAACAAAUGUUAGCUGUGCAGAAUAAGAACAGCUCAUACUUCGUGGAAUGGAUACCAAACAAUGUGAAGACUGCAGUGUGUGACAUCCCACCCAAGGGACUGAAGAUGUCCUCAACUUUCAUUGGUAAUACCACUGCCAUACAAGAGCUCUUCAAACGUAUUUCCGAGCAAUUUUCAGCGAUGUUUAGGCGUAAGGCCUUCUUGCAUUGGUAUACCGGCGAAGGUAUGGAUGAGAUGGAGUUCACCGAGGCAGAAAGCAACAUGAACGAUUUAGUAUCCGAAUACCAGCAAUAUCAGGAAGCUACCGCAGAUGAUGAAUUCGAUCAGGAUGUGAAUCAAGAGGAGGUGGAAGGCGAUUGUAUUUAAUGUAGAGACCAGAGGAAUGAGGAGCGUGCGUAGUGCGGCGGGAAGGAGAACAAUUGCAAACCUUGGGAUCGGAGAACGGUUGGAGCUACCGGGUAUACACUUCGAUUGGAGAGAGAGAUACGAAAACUGUGGCAUACUUUAGUGCACCUAUACAUAUCAGCUCAUCUCAAGAAUUUUCGCCCGCAGCAUUUACGUUCAUGACUGGAAGCGAUACAUUUUUUUAAGCAAAAAGCAACCAAAUCAAAUUAAAUCUAGUAUUUCAUACGUCAAAGUAAAGGUUCCACUGUCAAUCGAGUUAUAUAUACAAUAUCUACACACCGUCACCUUAAUAUAGAAAGGCCCUAACUCAUUUUCGUUUCAAAUCCAGUAUUGUACAAAAGUCUGCCGAUAACUCUGUAAGCACCUCCUGGAUUUUAAAAAUAUCUAGUACAGUAUAAAAUUAGUUACAUUCUUAAAUAAAAACAGCCUUUAAACGAAAUUCGCAGCAAAAAUACUCGAUUUUCUAUGGAGUUUUUUCAUCAAUCCGUAAAGGAACAAAUGUUUUAUAUAUGGCUUUUAUAUAUUAAGGUAACGAUAUGUACAUAUGUAUUGAUAACGCGCAUAUAAUUGAAAAUAUCGGCACACA